AUGUCGGCACUCUGGGUGCUGUUGGUCUGGCUGGCAAGGUCUGUUCUGGCACAGAACUGUCCUGCCUUUCCGGUGGAGAAGGAGGAUAUAGGCCCAGCCAUGACUUGUGGGGUCGCGUGCCAACUGAUGGACCUCUCCCUGGCCGAUCUUUGCAGGUUCGACGCCUCCGCCUGCGGUGAUGAAGUUCCCGCCGGGACCUCCUGCCAAGUUUCAUGCCGGGAGCCCUUCUUCGGACAGGCAUCGCUGGCAUCUUGUCCGCCUGGCAAUACGAACCCCGCGUCUCAAGCAGAGUGGACCCUGCCCGAUUGCGAUGUCUUUGCAAGUGAUUGCCCAGAGCCUCCUGAGAUCCCAGCGGCGUAUGAGAAGCUGAACGGACAGUGGAAGUGUGCUCCAGGAUUUGCUGGAACGGCAAUCGCCCGGUGCGUUCCCGACGAGACCUGCCAGAACACGUUGGAGUUCUUCGGCUGUCAGGAGACAACGGCCUGUGCUCCUCCAAAUGAGCUGAUCGGAUGUGUGUUGGAUGUUACGAAGUGUGCCGAUGUGCAGCCGGGCGGAGCUUGUGCGGUCACUUGUCGCUUUCCGUACACAGGCUGGUCCAGCGUGGCGGUCUGUCAUCCAGACAACACGAACCCUGACGUUGGCCUUCUAGUGGUGGAGCCACAGUGCACGCUGACUUGCGACGACCCACCUAAUGAGCCAGAGGGAUACAUCAAAGUGCCCACAGAAGUUGGAUGGGCCUGUGCACCUGGAUAUGGUGGCACAGCAACUUGGGAAUGUGUCAUUGAUUCGGUCUGUGCUUCAAAGAAAGUUCUUUCGGGUUGCUCACUGCUGGCGCGCUGUAUCUUGCCAGAAGGUGAAGAUGCUUGCAUGUACGAUUUCACAGCGUGCAUCGGAGAAACAGCUUCACCCGGCAGUUCCUGCCAGGUCCAUUGCAAAAGGCCCUAUGAAGGCAACUCAACCAGUGCAAGUUGCCCGUCUGGAAACACGAAUCCGAUACGACAGCUGGAUUGGGAACGUCCUGACUGCAACAUUAACUGUGGUGAGGUGGCGAACGUCCAGGUGGGAUACCUGUCUCAUCCUUACAGGCGUGAGUAUGGCGGCUGGCGCUGUGUUGAUGGGUAUGCUGGGUUUCCAGUGGUGAGCUGUGGCACAGACGUGAACUGCAAUCCUCAGCUCAAGUUCUCGGGAUGCAAUGCCUUGAUCCCUUGUGUUCAGCCCAAUCUGUCCGCGGGCGAGUCGUGUGCCUUUCAGCAUACAUGCAUAUCAGUGCGGUCGGGCGACUCCUGUGAAGUGACGUGUAGGCCACCCUAUGUAGGAGGGGUGGCUCAGGCAGUUUGCCCCGCAAACAAUACCUUGAACGGGAGGCACCUGAUCUGGGCUGCCCCAGACUGCAACUUAGAAUGUCCAGUUCCAGAUCCUGUUCGGGAUGGCUACGUCGUGACUGGUGUGGAUGGUAACGGAAAGCCCACUUUCGCAUGUGCAGCACGCUGGGAAGGCACACCAACCGCACGUUGUCGCAUCUCAGACAGUGGUUGUGAAGCUGCCUAUGAGUUGGAGGGUUGCAUUCCCCAAGCCGCUUGCAGUGUGCCCCAAGAUGCUCCGUGUUCCGUGGACUGGUCCAAGUGUCUGAAUGUUUUUGCUGGUGAGACCUGCCUCGUCUCCUGCGGCCCAAGCUUCUCGGGGAACAUCACGGAGGCCACGUGCCCUGAGGGAAAUACGGACCCGACGACGUUACUGGAGUGGACCUUCCCGGGUUGCCAGCUCGACUGCCAGGAUCCGCAAGCCCCCGUCGGCUACGAAAAGACACUCUUCAUGUGCGCGACGAACUACAGCGGAGACCCGAGGUCGAGAUGCGCUGCAGACUGGGAGGACGCAUGCCGGAGCACCUACUCCUUCUCAGGUUGCAGGCCUUUGGUUCCGUGCGUCGCACCUCGCAUCGGCCAAGGUCGAGGUGCUCGGUCGGAGUCUGUAACUGCUCAGGACCGGUUUUGUCAGUUCGACUUCUCGGACUGCCAGUCCGUUCUGCCAGGGCACAACUGUACCAUUCGCUGUGGCACGGACUAUUCUGGCACAUCGACAGUGGCAUACUGCCCUUCUGACAAUACAGACCCAGAUGCAGAGCUUUUGUACGUCGAGCCUCUAUGUCGCCUAAACCCCUGUGAGAUGGAUUUUCCGCCAGGCUACGUGGAGACACCCUGCGGCUGGGUUUGCGGCGAGGGCUACAUUGGAAACGUGCAAUGGGGUUGUGAACCUGUUGGCACUGAGCUCGGCAGAUGCAGAUCCACAUUACAGGUCAGUGGCUGCACACAAACUGUACAGUGUGCCCCGCUGAUGGUCAAUGACACCUGCAGAACCAAUGCUUCACAAUGCACAUCUUUGCAGCCCGGCCAGGGAUGCAACGUGACCUGCGCUGAGCCCUAUACAGGGGGCCAGGGAGAGAAUGCUACAUGGGCUUACUGUCCUUCAGGCACCACCACACCCAACCAGCAGCCGGCAUGGGGCACGGAGAUGGAAGAAUGGGCGCUCGACUGUGAGGUCGAAUGCGAUAUCCCGCAUCCUCUUCCUGAGGGCUACUUGCUAGAUGCUGAUGGCGGAUGGUCCUGCGACAGUGCCAAUCAGUUCAGUGGAAUGGCAAAUGCAGAGUGCACGGUAAACGCAUCAUCUUGUACGCCUGAGCUUGUCUUAUCUGGCUGUUUUCCAACGACGCCUUGCGAUCUGCCAGCGUAUGACCGCUGCCAGCACGAUGUUUCGAACUGCCCUGCCGAUGGCAAGCUUAUCUCAGGCACAUCUUGUACCGUGAAAUGUCAACCUCCAUACAUGACUCCUCUCGGAGAGGCCGAUGGUCUGAUCGAGUGUAGGGAUCCGAAUAUUGAUCCCUUAGGUGCGAUCUGGACCCCACCUCGCUGCAUUCUGGGUUGUGCGGAGCCGUCAUCGCAGGCGGGCUAUCGCAAAGUGCUGGGUGAGUGGACUUGUGCUGACGGCUAUGAUGGCCCAGGAGCUAUAUGGUUCGAAUGCGUUGUUGAUCAAGACUCUUGUGUCGUGUUCCCGCGGCUGUUCGGCUGCCUGCCCUUUGUUCCUUGUACGGCUCCAGCCGUAUCUGCAGUGGAAGCGUGUACGCUGGACCUGGUGAACGGCAACUGCUUGUCGGUCAAUCCGGGCGAGACCUGCACUAUUUACUGCAAGUUCCCGUACGUGGGCGAUCGCAUCUUCGCUGCAUGCCCAGCAACCAACAUCGACGUAACCAGGGAGCCGAACUGGGCAGCUCCCAUCUGCUACUGUCCCAUACCAGACCCACUUCCCACGGGCUAUGUUUAUCUAGGACCCAAUGAAUAUGGCUGUGCAGCGGGGUUCUUUGGAGCUGCUGUCUACAGAUGUGAUGUUGACACGACAACCUGCCAGCCGACGGUGGUCUUGUCAGGCUGCUAUCCGCUGACUUCUUGUGACAAGCCACAGGUGGAGUACCACAACUUGUGCAAGGUCGACUUCAGCGAAUGUGAAGGCCCUAUUCCACCUGGCGAAGUAUGUAACGUCACUUGCCGAGCCGGGUACGGCGAGAACGCAACCACGGCCCUGUGCCCCGGCGAUAACACUGAUCCACACUACACACCGGCUCUGGAGUUGGAGUGCGGCGCAUACACUUGUGCGACUCCUGAAGAGUGGGCUCUUGAGAACCCUCUGCCGAAGGGAUACGAUGUUGGAGUGUGGCGGUGUGCGCGGGGCUUCCGCGGAGCCACGUCCACCGAGUGCAAGCAAUCCGACGAGUGUGGAGGAACCCUGCAAUUGUCGGGUUGCGUGCCGUUGCAGUCUUGCUCUACUCCGAGACUCUCCGCAAAGGAUGCCUGCCGCUACAACUUCACGGACUGUGAGGACACACCUUCCGGUGGCUUCUGUGAGAUCCAAUGUGCUGAGCCAUUUUUCGGUGUGCCCGGAAAGGCUUUCUGCCGACCGGACAACACGGAACCGAUCACUGAGCUUACCUGGGCUGAGCCUUUGUGUCGCUUGCGCUGUCCCGAUCCCGACCCCAUUCCUGCAGGCUUUAAGCGGGUGGGGAGCUGUGGAUGGGAAUGCGCAGAUGGCUAUGAGGGCAAGCCAGUUGUCGAGUGCGAUGUGGAUGAGAACUGCCAGCCUCAGCUCAGUCUGUCUGGCUGCAAGCGCGAGGAGCCAUGCGUGACUCCAAGGGAAGGCAGCUAUGACAGUUGCAGGUUCAAUUUCACAGACUGCGUUGGUGAAAUCCUUCCGGGAGCCUCCUGCCAGGUAAGGUGCAAAGCCCCAUACUAUGGUGCAGAUUUCGUGGCCAGCUGCCCUGAGUUCAACACCAUCCCUGGCCUCACCCUCGUGUUCUUGGAGUCCAGCUGCGACGUGGACUGUCCCAUGCCCGAGCCGCUACCGAUGGGAUACAGGCGGACCCCUAGUGGCUGGAGCUGCGAUGAGGGCUUCGCUGGAGCGCCACUGGGCACCUGUGUGCUGAACGCUGAGUGCCGGGAACCUCGGCUGCAGCUGGCAGGCUGCGCUCUGAAUGCCCCAUGCCUUGCUCCUCGCCUGGAGGUGUGCCAGUUCGCGACAGACUGCCGAGAGUCGCUCCAACCCGGGGAGGAGUGCGAGAUUCGCUGCCGGCAUCCCUUUAGAGGCAACACUUCGCUGGCCCGCUGCCCGGAUCCGAACACAGAGGCCAAUCGAAGUUCAGACUGGGAAGAACCCGACUGUGAGUUGCUCUGCCCUCCCAUGGAACCGCCAGCAAACUACACCCUGGAAAAGGGUGUCCUCAUGUGUGCAGCGGAUGCCGUUGGCCAGGCAAUGGCAGAAUGCAGGAUCACUGCUGCGCCCAGCUGCGAGGUGUACUGGCACUACACUGGCUGCAGCCUCCUGAAGCCUUGUAUGGCUCCAGUUGUCGACGAUUGCCGCAUGGACAUUGGCAACUGCACAGAUGUCGGUGCUGGUGAGUGGUGCAUGAUGGGAUGCAAGGAUGGUUUGGUAGGUGGGGAAUUUACUGGCACCUGCCCAUCCAACAACAUCGACGUGUCGGCGCCGCUGGUGUUCGAUCGUCCUCCGAGCUGCUUUUGCCCAACAGCAGCUCCAAUGCUUGGCUACGUGCCCAUGCCCAGGGACGAUGACAUGGCCGACAUGGCCGACAUGGCCGACGGUGGAAGGUGGCAAUGUGCCGAAGAUUGGACAGGCAGCGCCGAGGCUACUUGUUCCUUUGAUGAGAUGUGCGGCAUGCAGGUCACGCUCAGCGGUUGCAUGCCGAUACACAGCUGCGCGCCGCCGCUUCCGAUGUUUUUGAGUCAUCCAGACGACUGUCAGCGGGUACCUGCAGGAGGCACAUGCGAAGCGCGAUGUGCUCCCUUCGCGUGCGUUUCAGGUGGACCAGUGCAGUUUUCGUGUCCAGAAGCAAACCGGGAUGCCUCACUUCCGGCCGAGCUGAUGGCUGGUUCUUGCAGAGUCCGAUGUGAAAUCUGCCGGUCGGCUCCUUUUCUUGACUCGGACCCUCGCCCUGGAUUCAUCGCCGGUAUGAUCCGGUUUGGUGAAGCACACGCCGACGGAGAAAUGCCAGUGGAUGGCAUCUUUGGAUACAGGAUCUUCUUCGCGGACGAGUGCGGCCAACAAGUGGGACCCACACUUGGCCAUGUUCCACGGAGUGAGAUGCUCUAUGCAUGCUGUGCUGCAACUGCAUACUCUCUGCAAGUGUCUGAUGCGCAGAUUCCGCCAGCGGCAACGCAGUUGCUCAUCGCAAUAAACACGAGUUUUGGUGAAAUGCCUCAUGGCACACCGAUUGAGUACAGCGACUUGACACAAACCGUUGCUGAGACAACGCCGCGGGCGAUCACGGCCGACGGUCGCCGAGCAUCUGCUGCAUCCGCUGGACUCUGGGCAGUCGCGCUCGGCCUGAUGCAUUCAAGUCUGUGA